AUGGACCAGCGCAGAGAUGCAGACGACGACCAGGAGUUAAACAAAGCUAUUUUAGAAAUGCUUCAUAUCAACAAAGUGUCUGCGAGUCAUCAGAAUAAACCUCAUCCUUACAUGAGGAGGAUCUACCAGCAUCUGGACUCACUGGAGGCUCAGGACUUUGGGAGCUCGGAUGGGACGCUGGUGCAGAGUUUCAGGAGUGUGGAUGGUCCUCAUCACGCUCCUCCUGGAUGGAUCUGGUUUAACGUCAGCGGUCUGAGCCCCUCCAUGCUGGCCGCAGAGCUGGUUCUGUUCAGGAAGACUCUGCACCCCCGUCCCCUCAGUGUGACCGUCACCCUGCACAGCCUCACUGCCUCCUCAAUGGAUGUCCUGAGGGAAAGCCCCGCCCUCGAGGAGAGGCUGCUGACCCUGGACCAGAGACCCCCCUCUGGAUACGAUGUGUUCGACGUGUCUGCUGUCCUGGAUGUGAAGCCUGUGGAGGUGGUGGGAUUUCAGCUGCGUUACACAGACGAGAGCGGGAGUCUGGUCCUCCAUGAGGCUCUGACUCAGAGUCUGUACUCUCUGGACAGAGGGUCUCUGAGUGAGCCCUUACUGGUGCUCUACCAAACACACCCCCUUCUCGUAUAAAUGUUACGGGAACCAAGAGGAGCAUGAAAACGUUUCCUUUAAAAUAUAUUUUAUUAAUCAUCUCUGACUUAAUUAGGAUGAACAGAUACACCUGGCUUUUAUUUGUUGGAGAAUAAUACUUAUGUACAGGACAGGAUCAGUAAAGACAUAAAGAAGUAUAACUUUGUCCACAGGGGGGCGCCAAAAUCAACACAAACACACAGUUCCUGACAGGGGUUCUAAGAAUCCAUAUCUGAAAUCAUCAAAACUGCAUAACUGAUCCUAAUUAAUGUGCCAAGUUGUAAAAGGAAAAACACAAAAUUAACACUUCUUCAAUGCUUACUGUACAGCGAUGUAAGGUAUUGCAAGUGUUGAGAAUCUUGACA